AUGGGCUGCGUUUCGAAACUCUGCAGAUUUUCCGAUAUGAAGCUGACCGUCGAAUUCGGCGGAGGAUUAGAGCUUCUUUGCAACUCUGUAAAGAUUCAUAAUGUCAAUGUAGAACUGCAAAACGGAGUAGAAAAGUUAACAAUGAAGGAUUUGCUGUCUUGGAUUCGUACCAAUUUGAUCAAGGAGAGGCCUGAAAUGUUUAUGAAAGGAGAUACUGUGAGACCUGGUGUUCUCGCCCUUGUGAACGAUUGCGAUUGGGAGCUGAGUGGCCAACUUGAUACAACACUAGAGGAGAAGGAUGUGGUUGUUUUCAUUUCAACCUUACAUGGUGGAUAG